AUGUUGCCCUUGGCCAAAAAUGCACGAAGCCAUCUCCAAGUUGGAUACAUUCAGCAAGUGAUGGCAAGGCAGAGUCAUCAGAAGAGGACACCUAAUUUCCAUGACAAAUAUGGAAAUGCUAUAUUAGCAGGUGGAGGCAUCUUCUGUGUUUCUACAUGGACAUAUACAGCCACACAAAGUGGAAUAGAGUGGAACCUGUCCCCUCUUGGCAGAGUCGCCCCAAAGGAACGGAGAGAUCAGUCAUGUCAGCUGGUACAAUAA